GCCUGCUGUGCACCGGAGUUGACGUGGGAGGAAUUUAUUAGAGCCUACGUGCGGCGUCACAAGUUUUACCGGGUUCUACCGGGCUUUGGUUCAUUCAUAAGAAAAGAGCGUACAGUCCCAGCUGCAGUGACCGUAAUCAGUCCCCGUAAACAUGGCGGGUUACCUAAAGGCUCUGACGACCGUGUCGAGAAGUGCAGCUGCUGCGCUGUCGCAAAACCCCGCAGCGCUUUCGCCGGCCGCCGUCUGCCAGCACAGACUGCAAAAGAGGAACUAUGCAACAAAGCGCAUCAAGGUCGACCAGCCAGUGGUGGAGAUGGACGGAGACGAGAUGACUCGCAUCAUAUGGGAGUUCAUCAAGGAGAAGCUCAUCUUGCCCAACGUGGAUGUUGAGCUGAUGUACUUUGACCUGGGUCUGCCCUACCGAGACCAGACCAACGACCAAGUCACCAUUGACUCUGCCCUGGCAACUAAGAAAUACAAUGUGGCUGUCAAGUGUGCCACCAUCACUCCCGAUGAGGCCAGAGUUGAGGAGUUUAAGCUAAAGAAGAUGUGGAAAAGUCCUAAUGGAACCAUCAGGAACAUCUUGGGUGGGACAGUUUUCCGUGAGCCAAUCCUUUGUAAAAACAUUCCCCGUCUUGUUCCCGGUUGGACGCAGCCCAUAACAAUCGGUAGACAUGCUUUUGGUGAUCAGUAUAGGGCCACAGACUUUGUUGUUGACCAGCCUGGAAAGUUCAAGAUUGUGUUUUCCCCAGCUGAUGGAAGCAAGCAGAGGGAGUGGGAGGUGUACGACUUUCCUGCCGGAGGCUGUGGGAUGGGAAUGUACAACACCGACGAGUCCAUCAGUGGAUUUGCUCACAGCUGCUUUCAGUAUGCCAUCCAGAAGAAGUGGCCUCUGUACAUGAGCACCAAAAACACCAUCCUAAAGGCCUACGAUGGACGCUUCAAGGACAUCUUCCAGGACAUCUUUGAAAAGAAGUACAAACCAGAGUUUGACAAGCUGAAGAUCUGGUACGAGCACCGUCUCAUUGACGACAUGGUGGCCCAGGUUCUGAAGUCCUCUGGAGGAUUUGUUUGGGCCUGCAAGAAUUACGAUGGAGAUGUGCAGUCAGACAUUCUGGCUCAGGGCUUUGGGUCACUGGGUCUCAUGACAUCAGUACUGGUAUGUCCUGAUGGUAAGACUAUUGAGGCCGAGGCUGCCCACGGCACCGUCACCAGGCACUACCGUGAACACCAGAGGGGAAGACCAACCAGUACCAACCCCAUUGCCAGUAUCUUUGCUUGGACCAGGGGAUUGGAGCACAGAGGCAAACUGGACGGGAAUCCUGAUUUGAUCAAGUUCUCCCAGACGUUAGAGAAAGUCUGCGUGGAGACUGUGGAAAGUGGUGUGAUGACCAAGGACCUUGCAGGCUGCAUCCACGGCUUAGCCAACUGCAAGCUGAAUGAACAUUACGUCAACACAUCAGACUUCCUGGAUGCUAUCAAGACCAACCUGGACAAAGCUCUGGGCAAAUGAAGAACGAUCAGAGGACACAUUUGCUAAUGAAGAGAGACAAAGCCUGUGGAUUUUUAGCUCUUUUUUAUGUAUCAUUUGUAUGAACCUUUGUAUCCAGUUUUGAAGGAACCACUAUUGCUAUUUUUCGUGCCUUUUUUGUAUUUGUAUAGCUUCCCCAACACAUUACUGUCCCUCUGCCUUUCCUAUUGCCGAUGGCCCAUUUUUGUAUCGUACAAAUUGACUGAUUGUACUGUAUGAAUUAAUAAUAAUGCUAAUGUUAACUUAUAAUGGUCAUUCCAGUCUUUUCACAUUUAAUUAGACAGCAUCUCCAGGGAACAGUGUGUAUAAAUUAGGACAUUAAUGCCACGUUUUGCACUAUCAACAUGAAUACAAAAAAGGAAUAGUGAUUGCUAAUCACUCAGUAACAA